AUGCGGAUCGCCCUUAAAGUCAAUGAAGUCUGGGAGACUAUCGAUCCCGGUUCAAAACAUGAGAAAAAGAAUAAUCUGGCUAGCGCCUUGAUAUUCCAAUCCACACCUGAAGCCCUAACGUUACAAGUAGGGAACCUCGAGACAGCCAAAACCGUUUGGGAUGCAAUUCAAGCCAGACACGUUGGAGCCGAGAGAGUACGAGAAGCUCGACUGCAAACACUUAUGGCAGAUUUUGACAAGCUUAAGAUGAAGGAAGAAGAUAGCAUCGAUACCUUCAUCGGCAAGCUAGCCGAAAUCUCAUCAAAAACAGCUUCCCUUGGAGAGGUUAUUUUUAAACCAAAGCUUGUGAAGAAAUUCUUGAAAAAGGAAAGAAUAAGUGAAGAGGAGGAAGAACAGAGUGGUGAUACCGGUAAACUGAUGUAUGCUAGCGGUGAGGCUCAGCAAGAAGGUUAUGGUAGAGGAAGAGGACGUGGAGGACGAGGUAACUGGAUAGGUGGAAGGGGCCGAGGUCGUUAUGGAGGCUUCUACGCACAAAGGGAAGCAUAUAAGCAAGGACAAAACAGAGACAAGAGUCAUAUUACAUGCUUCUCUUGUGAUAAACUCGGUCACUACGCCUCAGAGUGUCCUGAUGCGAAGCUUAAGCUGAAAGAAACCGUUGACAAGAAAGAAGAAGACACACAAGAGGCUGAUGAAUUGAUGAUGCAUGAAGUGGUUUAUCUCAAUGAAAGGAAAGUGAAACCUAGUAUUUUUGAGGACAAAUAG